AUGGAAGCGGAGAACAAAGAGCCGGAAGGUGGCAGCUCCUCCACCCCCGAUGUGUUACCUCCACAAAACAAAGGUGACACUCUGACUCAUCACACCUUCUCUCACAGCACUGUUAUCCCCAGUCGGAUUUUUGUCGGGGGAAUUGACUCCAAGAUUAAUGAAAGCGACCUACGACAAGCUUUCUCCAAACAUGGUGCCAUAAAAGAAGUGAAGAUUGUGAACGAUUGUUCUGGGGUAUCAAAGGGAUACGGCUUUGUUACAUUUGAGAACAAAAGUGAUGCACAGAAAAUCCUUCAUGAUGUUAAUGGAAUCACUGUCAAAAACAAGUGGCUCAUCAUUGCACGGGCUGUCCGCAAGCAGCAAGCUUCAGGACGAAGUAGGAGUGCCCAUGGGAGCAUCCCCAACUCUGCCGGGCCUCUGCCGAUGUCCUGUGGGACCCUGUACCUGAACACGUCGACAGGCUAUCCCUACACCUACCACAACGGAGUGGCCUACUUCCACCGCCCCAGCAUGGACCCUCUUGCCUACCACUGGCCUCAGCCUCCAGUGAUGCUCCAGCAGUCCUAUCAGCCUGUGUUCCAGCAACCAGCCUAUAACCACCAUCAGUAUGCCCUAAACCAGUAUCAGUGGAACGUCUUCCAAUCGCAGAUGCCCUCCAGUCCAGUCCUUUACUCCCAGCAGUCAGAAUAUCUCCAGCAGCCUGCUGAUGUCCAGGCUCCUCUGCUGGUCAGUGACACCACACCUCAGUUUGUCAAGCCCCCGGUGCAGCAGGUUUACCCACUACAUCCUCAGACAACUGAUGGAUUGAUACCAGUUCUUCUGCAACAUAACCAUGGAAAGAAUCGGAGGUUUCCACACUUGAGAGUCCAUCAGACGCCAAAGUACCGCAAAUACAUCCACCACAAGGACUACAGACACCUGCCAGAAGCAACAGAGCCACCAGAUGCCUCCACGCUUUACUCUCAACAACUGCUCAAAUAGGCUGGACCAAUGGACUGCUUCUCAAGGGAAGAAACACACACACACACACACACACACACACACACACACACACAGUAACAAAUUACGGAUACAUGGGUUUUCAGUGAGAAAUUUACUGUAGUAUUUGUGAUAACAAGAUAACUGCAAUGACGACACAACGUACCUUAAAAUCUGAAAAUUCAGAUGCA